AUGAGAACGUACGACGAUACUUUCUCCGGCCAGCGGAUCUACCCCGGCAAGGGUAAGCUGUAUGUCCGUGGCGACAGCAAGAUCUUCCGCUUCCAGAAUGGCAAGUCGGAGUCGCUCUUCCUCCAGCGCAAGAACCCCCGCCGCAUUGCCUGGACCGUCCUCUACCGGAGGCAACACCGCAAGGGUAUCUCUGAGGAAGUCGCCAAGAAGCGCACCCGCCGUACCGUCAAGUCGCAGCGUGCCAUCGUUGGUGCUUCCCUCGAUGUGAUCAAGGAGCGCCGGUCGAUGCGCCCCGAGGCCCGGAGCGCCGCCCGCCUGGCCGCCAUCAAAGAGAGCAAGGAGAAGAAGGCGGCUGAGCAGGCCGCCAAGAAGGCCGACAAGGCCAAGCGCGCUGCCGGCCAGCCUCAAGGUCGCAUCGUGGGUAAGCAGGCCGCGAAGGGUGCGCCGGUCAAGGUUGCUGCCAAGAGCCGUUAA